UGGUUGUCAGUAGUAAACAAUGAAGAACUUAUUCCUACUUUUUUCACAAUAUCUGAACCUCCUAUCACCAUCAACCACAGUCCAUGCAGAAAAUGCAAAAUUUCCAAUCGUAGUCAACACUUGGGGCUUCACAAAUGCCACAGUUAAGGCUUGGGAUGUGAUUAAUCGACAGAAAAAGUCAGCUAUCGACGCCAUCGUCGAAGGCUGCAGUGUCUGUGAACGAGAACAAUGUGAUGGAACAGUUGGCUACGGAGGAUCUCCAAAUGAAAAUGGUGAAACUUGUCUUGAUGCAUUUCUUAUGGACGGUAGAACAAUGAAUGUUGGUGCUGUUGGCAGCAUCAGGAACAUUAAAGAUGCAAUAGCGGUAGCUAAGCAUGUCUUGCUGUAUACAAAGCACACAAUGCUUGUUGGUGAGCAAGCGACUGACUUUGCAGUCAUGAUGGGAUUCAAGAAGGAAAGUUUGAGUACAGAAAAGUCAAAGAAAAUUCACUCAGACUGGAAAUCUCAAAAUUGUCAACCGAAUUUUUGGCAAAAUGUGCUUCCAUCGCCUGAAAAACAUUGUGGACCGUACGUGCCAAUAAGUGAGGAGUUCCUGACUGCAUCACGUGAAAGUCAUGAGAGCUUAUUUGCAUCUAAUAAUCAUGACACAAUUGGAAUGGUAGCAAUAGACACAUCAGGUGACAUAGCUGCUGGAACAUCCACAAAUGGAGCAAACCACAAAAUUCCAGGUCGUGUUGGUGACUCACCGAUUCCUGGUUCCGGUGGAUAUGCUGACAAUUCGGUUGGUGCUGCUGCAGCAACUGGCGAUGGUGACAUUUUAAUGAGAUUUUUGCCAUCAAUGUUGGCUGUGGAAUUUAUGAGGAAUGGAAUGUCACCUGACGAGGCUGGACGAAAGGCAAUGGAAAGAAUCUCAAGACAUUAUCCGAAAUUUGUUGGUGGAAUUGUUGUGAUCGAUAAGAAUGGAAUUUAUGGCGCUGCAUGUCAUGGAAUCGAUUAUUUUCCAUUUAGUGUUUAUCAUCCGAAAUUGGAUGGAGUUAAGGUUGAGAAGAGAGAAUGCACAAUGAGUAUGUAGGAUUGAUAUUUGAGGUUAUUAUGUGAUAAUUAAUUUUGGAGAAA